AUGGAACCCCCCGAAGCUCCAGCUGGCCAUGUUUACCCUACCGGUAUGAAACUCGGACUUCUAAUGACCUCCCUCUAUAUUGCCAUGUUUCUCGUUGCAUUGGUAGGCUGGUAUGGCGCAGCGUACAUGCUGACCAACUGCGCGCUCCUGCUUGUGUUUGGGAAGAUCUAUAUCUUUCUCAACGUCAAGACUGUCUUCCUCACGACCGUGGUUCUGUUCGAGGUUGCGUCGGCGGUUUGUGGCGCGGCCCCAAACUCGGUUGCUUUCAUCAUCGGCCGGGCGAUUGCUGGUUUAGGAGCUGCGGGUGUACAAGAGGAGAUUUUAGUUCUUAUUGUCUAUGCUGCCCCCCUUGCGAAACAACCGCAGUACCAAGGCUUCUUUGGAGCGGUAUAUGGCAUCUCCUCGAUUGUCGGCCCAUUAAUCGGCGGUGCUUUCACUUCCAACGUCUCCUGGCGGUGGUGCUUCUACAUUAACCUUCCCUUUGGAGGCGUGGUGCUUUUGUUCGUCUUCUUCCUGCUCCGUGUCCCUGAGGGGGUUUCGUUCAGGGAUUCCCCUGCGGUGUGGAAACAUAAACUGGCGCAACUGAAUUUGGAGGGAGUCGUUAUUCUGCUCUCUGGAGUGGUUUGCUUAUGUCUGGCUUUGCAAUGGGGUGGGUUUACAUAUAGUUGGAGUGAUGGACGCAUCAUCGCCUUGCUGACAGUCGUUAUCGUCUUGUUGAUCGCUUUCAUCUCGAUCCAAAUCUUGAGACCCAAGACAGCCACGGUACCACCUCACAUCUUCAUCCAGCGAAGCAUCCUCGCGAGAUUUUGGGUAAGUUGUACGGUUGGUGUUCAUAUGACGCUGUUUGUAUACUACCUUCCGAUCUGGUUCCAGACGGUGAAAGGAGACUCGGCCGUUGAGAGUGGAAUCCACCUGCUCCCGAUGGUGAUUGCCAUGGUGGUCUCGUCUAUUCUGAGCGGCAUCGGAACCGUGCGAGUCGGCUACUACACUCCCAUUCUGAUCGCGGGGACAUGUCUUGUCUCUGUGGGCUCGGGACUUCUGACGAUGCUCCAAGUCGACAGCACGACAGGCCAGUGGAUCGGAUACAAGAUCGUGUACGGGUUCGGGUUGGGGUGUUGCUUCCAGGCGCCUAAGAUGGCGGCGCAGACGGUGCUCCCUCGCCGGGAAGUGGCUAUCGGGGCCUCGCUCAUGCUUUUCGAGCAGACUCUCUUCGGGGCAAUCUUUGUCUCUGUCGGACAGAACGUUGUGGACCAGCGUCUGGCUUUGCUUCUGGCUCGCAUUGCGGGUGUUGGUCUCACGCCUGGGGAGAUUGAGAGCGCGGGGCUUACGGGACUGCUCGAUAGGACCCCCUCGGAGGAUCAUCCUGCGGUGCUGGAGGCUUAUAAUUCGUCUCUGCGGUUGUGUUUCCUGGCUGCUCUUGCCUUUGCCUGCCUUUCGGUCAUUGGUAGUGCUGGAAUGGAGUGGCGGAAUAAGCAGGUGAGGGAGGAAGUCAAGGAAGCCGGAAGAACGCGUAGUCUUUAG